AUAUUAUUUUUGCUUUCUUUCAAGAUGUUAGUCGAUGAAUUACUGUAUACUCUCGUUCCUUCUCUUGAUGGCUCUCUUUUUAUGCUUGACAUUGAAAAAAGUUUGCUUCAUCCUGUUCCUAUAACUGCCGAUAUUAGUAGAAUGGUAGACGAUGUUGCUGUUACUGGUGGCUCUUUAAGCUCAAAGACUGGAGUUGACCCAUAUACCGGAGAGUUUUCGUGUCUUAUGGAUUUGUUGUCAUCUGCCAAUUUUUAUUUUAAUAUAGUUUCGUUUCAAUCUAAUGAUGCUUCAUUUCUACCGUUCUUAAGAUGGAAUUUGUCUGUUGCGGAAUACGCAAUGCAACUGUAUGAAGCAAAUAGGUUGGUUCGUAGUAUAAAGACAUCACCGCGCGUAAAGUUUCGUUUGAAGCCUCCUGAUGGAAUUGUGUCUGCACAUGAGUGCGGUCGUUUUUUAUGGGAGCACAACUUGAGGAAUCCUAUAGCCCGGGUUUGGGAAAUGGUAGAUGGUCAGAUACAGGAGGUUAGUUUAAAAUGUUUGGGAAGAGGCGGUUAUGGAGUGGUUUUCCACUGUAAACACAAACUUGACGAUCAUAACUACGCGAUCAAGCGGAUUACUGUGACUGCUUGUUCAUUUUCGUUAGAGAUUUCAAGUCUUUUUCUUGACCACCCUAACAUUAUCAGGUACUUCCACACAUGGAUAGAGAAACCUCCUGUUGGGUGGCAGCAAAGUAAGGACAAGGAAAUCCUCCAACAAAUUUUUUUUUGCUCAGCAUUAUUUUUGUUUCAGGGAAUAUAUUUUUUUGUCGUUCUUCGUAUUUUUUCAGCCGCCAGCAAUAGCUCUAGCAUUGUAUUCGAGGAUAGGACCAGCAGCGAGAAAAAUGAUAAUCCACACCGAAGGUUGUCAUCUUCGGAAGCAUUGGAACCUCCGCUCGUGUUGGUGGAUAAUGACACUGCUAUGGAAACCUCCAGAGAGUCAAAAGAUCAUAUAUACUUGUACAUACAGAUGGAGGUAAAAAUUUUCCUGGCCACUUCUUUUUUGAUGCGGUUUCAGCUCUGUCAAGAACUCAGUCUCCACAAUUGGCUUUUGAAAAAUAAAAGGGAAGAAGACCGACUAUUAAGUCGUAUGCGGUUUUGGUUUUCUCAGCUUGUUUGUGCAGUUGACUAUAUUCACGAGCAAGAACUGAUACACAGGGACAUCAAACCCCAGAAUAUUUUUUUCUCUGCUGAUGGUCAAGACAAUUUAAAGAUUGGGGACCUUGGACUAGCUACCAAUUUUGGCGUUUCGGAUGGCAUGAAAAGUAUGAGUACUACAAGUACAAAACGGCACACGGGUAAUGUAGGUACGAGGUUGUACAUGAGUCCCGAACAGCUUAAAGGACGACCGUACAACCAAAAGGUUGAUGUAUUUUCACUGGGCUUAAUUUAUACAGAGUUGCUAGUCCCGUUUCAAACAGUAAUGGAACGGCAUGAAGUUUUGACUGCACUGCAGAAAGAAGUGUUACCAGAACGUUAUCUCCAAGGUUUUCUCAGUGAGGUAAGUUUUAACUAUUUUGUGAGGAAUACUGCUAAUUCCAGGUUUAUGAAGUAUAAGAUGUGGUUAUUUUUCUAA